AGAGGGAAAUGAUACUACAAGGUGUGCCGUUACCAUGGCUACGGACGCCAGUGAAACUCAUUUAGAGGUAACCGUAUCCGAAAGCCCAGAGAGGCGACGGCAGGGCAAAUUCCAGCCGUUCCGACGCCUGUUCGGGAGGAGGAAGAAGAGGGAGGCAGCGGGGAGGGGCUUUGAUGCAGUAGAGCUGAAGGCUAGCUUCUCCACAGGGGAAGUGUGCAACGGAGUCGUCUCAGAUGAUGAGGAGACCAAUCAACAUCUGAGGGAGCUGAACCCCAUUGGCUCCCGAGCCCUCUCCCACGACAGUGUGUUUAUCCCAGAGGAAGCAGUACAGGAGCCCAGUCCAGAACAUACCAUGUCCCAGGAAAACGUCUCCGAUAAAGUCAGGAACCUGCAGAGGCAGAUAGCACAGAAUAUCAAGUUUGGCCAGAGGCCCCCCUCUCUGAGGAAGAGUGAGGGAGACGAGGGCAGCUCAGAUGAAGAGGAGGUGCCCAGGAGCCCCCUGAAGGUCUUAGCCCAGGUGGAAGCUGAGCCAGUGGACACAGAGACAAAGGGGGCCAGCCUGAGCCAAGGGCCCAGCCAGAGCCAAGGGCCCAGCCAGAGCCACGGAGCUGCCCAGGCCGGGACUCCAAGUACUCCAUUGAAAUCUCCUAGGUCCAAACGAGUUCUUCCAGCCACCGGUACCAUCGAGUCCAUCGACCUAGACGGAGUCCCCCAGUCUGUCCCUAGACUGGACAACACCGCUGCCAAGCAUAAACUGUCAGUCAAACCCAAAAACCAGAGGAUCUCCCGCAAGCACCGCCGAUUCACACUGGAUUUGCAAGAGGUGGAUAUCCCUGGCAUACUGCAGGAGGAAACAGAUGCCGCCGACGUCCAAUACAGAACCGCUGAGGAAGAGACACCCCCAGAGAAAACUAAGAAGCAGAAACUGCAGGAGGACGAGAGACAGGAGUCCAGGAGGAAGAGAGAGCUGGCAGAACAAAGGCACAGAGAGGAAGAAGAGGAUAGGAAGAAGAAAGCAGAGGAGUGGAGGCUGCGUGAGUUAGAGGAGGAGAGAUGUCGCCAACAGGAGGAGGAACUUAUUCGCAAAGAGGAGGAGGAAAGAAGGCAGGGAGAGGAGAUGGAGAGGAGGAUGAAAGAAGAAGAGGAAAGGAGGAUUAGGGAGGAAGAAGAAAGGAGACAGAGAGAACUGGAAGUGAUGAGAAUCAGAGAGGAAGAAGAGAGGACACAGAGAGAAGAAGAGAGAAGGAUGAGGGAGGAAUUGGAGCUUAUGCAGCGAGAGGAGGAGCAGAGGACACUGGAGGAAGAGAAAAGGAGGAAAGAGGAAGAGGAAAGAAUGAGGAAAGAGGAAGAGGAGAGGAAGCAGCACGAACUGGAGGCAGAGCGUCUCUGUGUCGAGGAGGAAAAGAGACUGAAAGAGGCAGAAGAAGAGGAGGAAAGGAAGAAAAAGCAGGUGGAAGAAAAGAGAAAACUGCUUGCAGAGGAGGAGGAGGAGAAGAGACUGUGUGCAGAAGUGGCUGCGAGCAGCUCUGACCCUGAAAGGAAGAGGAGGGCGGAGGAGGUGCGCUGGAGAGAGAUGGAGGAGAGACAAAGGCCGUUCACCUUCAAAGUGUCCUCUGGGGAGAAGCAGAUUCUGUUCCAGAAGGUCAACCUGACGCCUGUUACGCCGGCCUCCAGCCAGCAGGGGGGCGCUGUGACUGAACACAAAGAGGGAGUCAAGGCCUCGUCCCCUGGAGGAGCUGACUCCCCAUCCCUCCCGUCCUCUCAGUAUGUCCCCCACACAGCCAUCCUGGUGACGGGUGCCCAGCUCUGUGGGACUGCUGUCAACCUGGACCAUAUCAAAGAAACAGCUUGUAAGUCUCUCCUGGGUCUGGCAGAUGAAAAGAAAGCUGCCAUGGGCACCCCACCACCAACCAAGAGCAAGACUUCACCAGACCGCAAGUCUGGGAAAACCAAAUCCCUCAGCGAUUCCACAGACCAGUCCAGUGCAGCCGUCCUUGCAGAGUGGGCCAGUAUCCGCUCCAAGAUAUUCAAGGGGGCGGGGGAGGGAAAGUAUGAGGAAUACCCAGACCACCAGAGCCAGAGCCGACCCAGCAGUGAGGACCAGAGUCCGUUCCUCCAUAGCAACCUCAGGAAGACCAUGUCCGCCAGCGCCAAGUUCUCCAUCACCCCGGCCAGGAAGAAGUUUGCCGACUCAAACAGGAACUCUGAGGUGUUGAGUCAGGAAGAGAAGGAAGGAGGAAGGCCAGCAUCUGCUGUCUCCGACACCUCCUCCAGUGCCUCUGUUCCCCCUGCAGCUUCACCAGCCCCAGACAGCAAGACCCAGAGCCGGGGCGGUAAGACUGUCCGGAUUGCAGAUGGAACAGGGGAGUGCAUGUUUGCCAAAGACCUCCCAUCUUUCAUAGUCCCCAGCUCUUCCCAGGCCUCACCCAGACCCAAGGGCUCUGAGACAGAUACUGGGAGCCUGGGAGGAGAAUCAGAGGACUCUGAUGGCCGGGAGGAGGGGGAGGAGAAGGGCCAGCCAUCUCCGUUUGGGAUCAAGCUGAGGAGGACCAACUACUCCCUCCGCUUCCACAGUGAUCAGUCGACAGACAAGAGGAAGAAGAGGUACAGUGCCGGCGACAGCUUUGACGGGGUCCCCUCACCUCUGACCCCCAUUGACCGCGACUCUGACGCCUCAGUGUUCUCUAAUAGCUCCAGCCCUGCAUCUCCACUCAGAGAGAGCAUUCCUGGGGUCAAGCCUGGACAUGUGAUUGUAUCUCUUCCAGAGCCCCGGGCCAAAGCAGGCAAGUCUCCCACCCCUUCCAUGCACAGCGAGGGGGAGAAGCUGCCGUCCAAACCCUCACUUUACCAGAGACCCAGCACAUCCCCUAAACCUGCAACCCCUCCCCCCUCUCCACUCCCCAAAGUGGGCAGAGAGAGUUCCAGUGACACAGUGGUCCAGAGGAGCUGGGUGGAGGCUGAUUCAGCUGGCCAUGAGGAGCGAGGUGAGAGGAGGAGGGAGGAGACCUCAGCUGUGGCCCAGCUCCACAGGAACGGCCAGGGACAGAGCCAGGGCCAGGGGGAGGGGGAGCCCAAGGAGAAGAGGUCCUUCUUCCCCUCCAUCAGUAUCCCCUGGAGGGAGAAGGCUGACAGGAAGACGGAGCUCAUCAGAAGAGAGGGAAAGCCAUCACUGCAGAGUAGGCACUCAUUGGACAGUACGCGGGUCCAGGACAAGGAGUCAGGGCCUCUGUGGAUCACGCUAGCGCUGCAGAAACAGAAAGGCUUCAGGGAGCAGCAGCAGAGCCGAGACGAACGCCGCAGCCACAGAGAGGCCAAACUGUCUGAGAAGCAAACCAAGGACAAAGACAGCGAUGUGUUGCUUAGUCCUAUGGAGGGUAAGGGGAGUAGAAACACCAACCCUCCCAAACCACAGACACCGGAGGAAGCUAAGAGACCAGACACCCUCCUGGGCCGCUUGGAGCGCCGGGACCUCCUGAAGAAAGCCAACACCCUGCCCAGCUCUGUCACAGUUGAGAUUGCAGACCCCACUCCAUCGCCCCCUGCGGUGAAGGAGUUGACCAAGCGCUUCCCAUCCACUGACUCUCCCCAGGUGUCCACUGAGCCGGCCUGGCUGGCUCUGGCCAAGCGCAAGGCUAAAGCCUGGAGUGACUGCCCUCAGAUCAUCAAAUAACCUCCUCUCUAACCUCUACACUGCAUCAGUACAGUACACACACUGCCCAUGAACUAUGACCCCUGUCCCAAACCAUCCCCUGACCUCUCCUCUCUGGUGUGCACCUGACCCUGCAUUCUAACCUCAGCCACCAGACCAAGUCAUUCUCCUCCCAUGCCACAAUAACCAUGCACUUGUUUGAUUAUGUCAAAAGUGUGUUUCACAUUCAUAAUAUAAAUAUGAUCACACGUUUACAAACAUGAACACUUAUUCAAGCAUGCUCCUACACGAAAACAUGAACACAAACUCAAUUAUUUUUUCAAGAUUACCUGGCUGUAUACUAUCAACUAUAUAAUAUCUUCCAACAAGUCAAAAGAUCCUAUAGCAGCCAAUCAUGGCCACUGCUGGCCAUUGCAUUAGCCAAUCCCAACCCUUCCUUCCCUUCAGUAGCCAAUCAAAGCUCCACAGCUGUAAAUAGAUCAUACACUAAACAUAAUACAAGAUACAAAAUGCUGAUGUAUUGGAAAGAUGUGUCUUGACAGGUCUGAAAAAGGAUAAAGAUUCUUCAUUUCAAGAGUACUUUGGGGACAGUGUUUUAAGGGCUACCAGUAGCCAAUAACCCAACAUGAUCACCCCUGGUUUAUCUCCCUUAAAAUAAAAUAAAUUCCUUAUCUCGUGGGGUUUAUUUCAAGCACUGGUUUUAACCAUGUUGAAACAAUAUAUUUGUCAUCUCUGAGCCUUGUCUGCAAUGUACAGAAUAAGCUUCUUUUUUUCUUAAAAAACAAACAAACAUGUAAUUCAAAAGCAGUACUUAGUAUAGAACUAUUCCCACUGUGUCCGUGAUGACUGUGACAGCUGUCAAAGAUGCUAUAUUGUAAAAAAAAAAGAUAAAUACAUUGCCAUGACAGAGUUGUUUUGAAUCUCACCGCAGUUUGUAAAAUAACACUAGAUCUGUCAUAAUCAAAUGUCGACUGUACUGAAACCAACCAUUAAAGACCAGGUGUCAGGUGGUUGUGAAUUGCACAAUGUUCUUACCACUCUAAUUGUGUCCUGUAUUUUGCUUUGCUGUGGAAAGAAGACAACCUACCGGCUGUAACAUACAUUCUCCUGUCAUGUCACCGCUAAUGUGUUGACCUAUAAUAAGGCCUUUUCUCCUCCAGCAUUUGGAAAAUCCCAUUCUGUGAAUCCCAUAAUGGGAUAAGCUUACAGCUAUAUCACAUCCUCUUCCAUUUCCCUCAAUGUCAUGUGAACCAGCCAGCCUUGCCAUGAGAACAUCUGCUGGGCUGUCUGUUGAUGACAGACAUCCUAUGGCUAUUUCUCCCAUCACUACCUUGCUCUCACUACUCAAUGUAAAGACCUGUAUGUGUGUUGUUAGAGGCGGUUUUUACCGGAACGUUGGUCAAAAAGAGGACCCCAAGGCUCAGUCACUUUGGCAUUUUUGUUUAACUUUGAUUGUGUGCAAUAGUGUAGUGUACACAGUGUUGUAUGUAACAACAUAUUGUUUGAUAAUAUUUGCACUUUUUUUGUCUGACUUAAAAAGGUAUUCAUGAGAACAUCUUAAAGUGAUGCAAAUGUUAUGAAUUAUGUAAAUUAAAUACUGAUGUCUGAACUCAAA